AUGAAGGUAGCUGCCGUUGCUGUCCUCCUCAGCGUGAUGGCUCUCUGUAACCAGGUCUUCUCUGUACCAUUUGGUGCUGACACCCCGACAGCUUGUUGCUUCACAUAUAUUGCCCGGCAGAUUCCACAAAAAUUCAUAGCUGACUAUUAUGAGACCAGUAGCCAGUGCUCCAAACCAGGUGUCAUCUUCCUAACCAAGAGAGGUCGGCAGGUCUGUGCUAACCCCAGUGAGGACUGGGUCCAGGAAUAUGUCACCAACCUGGAGCUGAAUGGGAGUGGCCUGGAAGUUUAGAGGAACCAGUGACCUCAGUUGACCCAGUGGGGAAUGGGAGCCUGAGCCUCGGAGGCUGAAUCCCUAUAACCUCCACAGCUACCUCUCCUGUAGACUGUUUGUUGCCAAACAGUCACACCAUGGGACUCUUCUUAACUUAAAUUUUUAUUUAUUUAUGCUAUUUAGAUUUUGUAAUUUAUUUUUGAUGUCACACUGUUUACGACUGUUUG